GGGAUUAGCCCGUGCACCGUGCACGGCGCUCCCAGUGCACGCCCGCCGCCGGUGCCGAGAGCAGCCCCACACACCUACCGAGUGCCAUAGAGGACAGCCUCGCCGACACAAUGGGGAACCUUGGAUCCAUCACAUGCCUGUUGUUACUGAUCGGCUCUGCUCUGGGCGGUGACAUGCUGCGGAAGUCGAUCGUGUUCAACCCGCGGACGCCAGACGUCUUCUACUGUCCGGUGCACAAGCCCAAGUCCUUCGACGACAUGCUGGUCAAGUCUCGGCCGCUGAGCAAACUCUGCGAGUUCAAGGGCCGACCUCUGCCGCCCGGUCACCAGUCGGACUGCUAUGGAGACGUCGACGAGACUGAGUUCGCCUGCGCAGAAAAACACCGCAUCCUGGGCCGCCUGUCGCCACCGGGGCUGGACAACUCGAUCGACCUGGGGCCCCACGUGGCCAGAAGUCUGCACAUGUGGCUCUAAGGUUGCCGCAGUGAUCGUGUGCUUUGAUCGCAGCCGCACUAGAUGAAGCCGCCAACAGCUCCAACGGCUACUAGAGUGACAUCUUUACAGCUUCGGCGGCUUCUGAAGCGACGUCUCACUGGUCCGACGGCUUUUGCAAAUCACCACCGAAGUCAACGCGCCCUAAAGACCUAAUAAACAAUAGGUCUUUAACGACAUCUAUACAGGUCCGAUGGCUACUAGAGAGACACCUAUAUAGGUCAGACGGCUCUUACAGCGACAUCUAUGUAUACGGUAUACAGCUUCAUAAUGGCGCUCAAUCUGGGCCUUGUUUCACGGCGCGCUACUAGCCUUUUCUGUUUCUAUGAAACCGUCAACAAACCAGGCCAAACAUGGAACCGUUAACAAACCAGGACAAGCACAAUGAAGUUUUUAUUCUUCCAUGAAAACCGAAAGCGCUAGAAGCGCUAGUUGCUGCUGGCAUCGGUAACAGCAACUGCCAGGCGUGUUACCUACCGCGAACCAGAGUUGUUUCUCCGUUGAACGCUGAUCAACGUUCGGGCGCCCGAUGAGUUUGUGUUUGUCGAUGUCAAGCGUGCUGCUUGAUUGGUGGUGACCUUGUAUUUUGCAUUUAUAACUUUUUACCAUCAGCGCUAUAAACUGUUGAUAAUAUGAAUAUUGCACGUGCAAUGAAAUGAUGUUACUUCUGAAUGCCGUGUUGGAUAGGAUUCGCUUAUGACACCAAUAAAUAUUUGUAAUUGUCUAU